AUGUUGGGGAUAAGCAAGAAGCCGGGUCCUCCGGUACCGCCGCGACCCAGUGCAGCUGCCGUUGCCACGGCCCUUGCCAAACAGCGUGAAAAUUCACCCUCCCCGAACGGGGGGACACGGGGCAACAAUGGGAGUGGGAUGGUCGGUAUGGCUACGCUAAAGCCACCCCAUCCCGGCCGUACCGUAGUGUACAAGUCGCCGGAUUUCGAUCAACCGCAGGCAAGGAAUCGGUCCCACCUGGCCAGCUUUGGUGGAUCCGUACCGGAGCAGCUGCAGGGUUCUCCGAAUCCGAGCACCAAACGUAACGCGAUCUAUCACGACAGUCCGGGCCAGAGUCCGCGAGCUAUGGAGAGAAAACUGCUCACUCCAGCUGGUGGUGCGGUGAUGUAUCGAUCCACCUGCAGCAUAGUGGAGAUCAACACUAGCCCGAGUACUUCUGGAUCUAGCUCGGUGUCUACCUCGCCGGUAGCUACGCUCCAGAAGCACUCGGGGGAUCAGAUAUGUUCCAAAUUGCAGAAAGACUCCCUCACGAUGGCUCCAAUAGCUCGAAGACGUGUGCGUACCGGUGACUCACACUCGAGUGAAGGAUCUCCGCAGUCGUCCGAGGUGAUCAUCGUCAAUGGUGGUACGCAUGGGAGCAGCAUCAGCUUGCUGAGCACUCCCCUGUCCCUUGGCGACACCGAGCAUGGACGUGGGAAGUCACUGAGCGAGUGUGACAGCGGUACAGAGCGCGGGGAUAGCUCCGGAUCUUCCGCAUCCGCCGGAAGCACACUGGAGCGGGAGAACAAUGCGAAGAAUCUCGAAAGCAGCGCCAAGAGUAGUCACUUUACGGAAAUCAUUAUCGGCUCGAACCAGGCCAGUACGGUGGUACGAAGUGGUAGCAAACCGAACAUUGCCACCGCGAACAGUGUGAUACGAUCGAACUCGAUCCGGCUGCCAAUCCAGGCAGCGGUAGCGGCCCCAACAGAAACCCCACUACCGAUGUAUCAUCGUCCAGAACCGGAAGGUGGUGAGCAUGUGCAACCGUUGAGUGAUCACCGUGCUGGAGCUGGAACGGUUGGAGUGGGCGUUACGAAAUCCCAAUCAACCACAACGCUCGAUCCGGCCACACUCGACUCGAAGCUAAGCGAGAAGAAGUUCGCGUUUCAUGAACUGCUCAUAUCGGAGCUGACGGCAAUGCGCCAGAAGCAGAAGGAACAGGAUCACCAAGAUCGUCAAAUGGUGAAUCAGGUGCAUCAGGAAACGAAGUUAGAGAGCGACGAAUCUGCGGUUGGAGUCGAUCUGGCGAAGAUCAACCGCCGGCAGCGUUGUCCGUCGGAGCGGCGCUCGUCCGGCAGCGAGACGGAGACGACCCCGAACGGGACCGCCACAAGACUGCCGAAGAUUCGCACCGCCGACUGGAUCGAGGUGGGCGACAAUGGCAAGCAGGUGGUGCUGUCCAGCUGCCAAAUCAGCCUGGAAGAUUCGGGCAUGGAGGACGAGGAGAAGCUGGACGAUGCGUCGUCCGGGGUAGGCGAUUCGUGGGACAGCGUAAAGGAAGAUGCAGAGGAACGCAUCAUAAUGUCACUCCCCGGAUUACCCCCGCUGCCCAAGAGCCUCAGUGGUUUCGAUCUCGCCGGCGUACAGUUCCAGUCGCACCAUCAGCAUCACCAUCAACACCCAUCCCAGCAUAAUCCACACUAUCCUCCAACCCAUCACCAUCAUCAGCAGUCGACGACACAGUCCACCCAUCACCAUCAAAUGCAGCCACAGUCCUUCCACGGGACGCCACCGCACCCGUCCAGUCUGCCACCGUCCGCUCAGUCACCUGCCGCAGUCCUAAACCACCAUCACACGAAUCCGUUCAUACCGGUCGGUUCCGGUCUGCUGCACGGUGACAGUUUGGCAUCGCUCGAAAGUCAACAGCGGGGACAUUCGCCAGUCAGCAGUACGUUGUCCGGGGGCAGUAGUGGCGGUAGGAAGGCAUCUCCACAACCGCCAGGAUCGGGACCGGCGUCAACGUCCACCCUGGACACCCAGUUGGCUAUUCUGCGACGAGAAAUGUACGGUCUACGGCAACUCGAUCUGUCCUUGCUGUCGCAACUGUGGGCCCUGAACGAAUCCAUCCAAGAGUUCCGCACGAUGCUGCAGGAGCAGGAAACACUUUCACCGCCCUCGCCAACACCGUCCAACUCGGACGCGAAUUCUGUGUCCUCGGACGAUGAUCUCGACGAGGACGAUUCGUCCACCACCAACAACAGCAAUCGGCUACUGCAACAGCAGCAACAGCAGCACCUGUUACUGUCCGCCCAUCAUCAGCUACAAUCUUCCACGAACAGUAUUGGCGGUGCGGGUCCCGGUAGCGGUGGCAACCUAACGCCGGGUGGUGGACCCAACCAGAACGAAUCGGGUGGCUCCUCCACGACGACGCUCUCCUCGUCCGCCUCAUCGCGUAUGCGAGCACCACCACCACCGCCCCCGAACCGGAAAGCACCCUCGCGACCCGUCUAG